AUGUCGGUCGUGCUCAACCCGAGCAACUCUCUCGGCUUCAACAGACCCCUCACUGAGCAUGUCAAGCGGUCGCUCUCCAUCUCAAACCACAAUGCGCAACCCGUCGCAUUCAAGGUCAAGACCACCGCUCCAAAGUUGUACUGCGUACGCCCGAAUUCAGGGAGAGUGGAGCCUGGAGGUACCGUGGAAGUUCAAGUCAUGUUGCAGGCAAUGAAGCAGGAUCCACCACUAGCUGCCAAGUGCAAAGACAAGUUCUUGAUUCAGAGCACUACCAUCACUCCGGAGAAGGAGACCAUGCCCCUGCAGGAUAUGUUCAACGAUGCGACCGAGGACGUUCAUUCUCAGAAGAUUCGAGUAGUGUAUCUCCCACCAGAAGGGCAGGCAGUUCCCGAAGAAGACGAGCAACCACACAUUCAGAAUGUUUCGGAUGAUCACUACGAGACUGUUCGUCAGCACCCUGACGCCAAUGGUCAUUUCACAAGAGACCCCAGUGGAGCAGAUGACGUCCCUCCCCAGCAACAGUACGAUGAACAUGUGGAAGUGCCAUCGACACCGCCUCCAGAGCCUCCCCUACAUUCAGAAUGGCACGAAGACUCUCACCUCGCGGGCGAGGCGGAGGCCGCAGAGCCGAUUAUUAACGUCAGCGUGCAUGCACCACCGUCUCCGCCACGCCCCGCGCCUGCCCCUCCAGCUCCUGUUUUAUCAGACCAGACAGCCGAGCUUGCUGGGAGGUUGCACGAGGCACAGGCGGAGAUCGAGCGUCUCCGCAACCUCAUCUCAUCCAUGCCAGAGCCGAGCACGGUGCCCACGGCCAUCGCGGCGAGCCCGACGGAGGUCAGACGUCGCAGGCCGUUCUCAGACGACUCGAGCACAACAUACGACGGCGAGACGGAGGUUGGGACGUACGUCGAGGACACGCUCGCGCAGCCCGAGGGUGUCCCACUGCAAGUUGUCAUCAUCAUUGCACUCGGGGUCUUCAUCACCACGUAUCUAUUCUUCUGA